GGGGCUGGCCCUGCUCUGUUGGAGGCGGAGGGACACAGGCGUGCGGAGACAAAAUAGUCCGGGAGGCGGGAGCGUGUGCCGGGGGCGGGGUCUCCGUCCCCGUCUCGGGGCCGCGGAGGUGGCCGUGCCGCUCCUGUUCUCCCCGUGGUGACACCAGCCCGCCCGGUUUGGCCUUGCCCCGUUGCUCCCCGGGGAGAUGCGCUCGCAGUUCCCCGGGCUCCCCGCCCGUAUCGGGGACCGGGGAUCCCGAGGGGUUCGCCAAGAUGGAGGGAGACGGGAUUGCCCGUGGGCACGUCUCCCCGAGCUCCUCCACUGUAGCGGGGCGGGGGGCUCCACCACGGGGUCUUCGCAGACGUGCUUGGGGUGUGCAGAGAACUGUCCCUUGGGGAGUCCCGGGGCUGGCCUAGCCGCUGAGCCGGGGCUCCACCGUCCCCAUGGUGCGCGGGGGCGGGGACCACGCCGGCCGGUCCCGUCUCUCCCCGCUCCGUUCGAUUCCACUCCAUCCCCCCGUCGCCUCAGGCUAAACCGCUUGGGGAAGUCCUCAGGUCAAUCCCCGCUAAGGCCGCGGCCCCGUCCCUCCUUCCCUUGAGCUCGGAUCCGGGAUACUCCCAGUGUCCGGGCGGCAGCAGCGGAAGCUCCGCCGGACCGGCCCCCCCCCCCGUCCAUCCCGGGGCGCUGCGGACGGCGACGGGAGGGGGAAGUAGUCCCGGCCCGCCCCCCGCGGCCGCAUCACGCGGGGCGGGAGCGGAUCCGUGCGCCGAGAGGUUGCUAAGGGUGAAAGUUUGCCGUGAGUUGGCUCACUCGGGGCCAGGGCGCGGGCGGCUCUGGGGGCGCAGCAGCGGCAUCCGCACCACAGCACCGGGCCCGCCCCGCGCCGUCGGGGACAAGGGAGGGAGGGGACGGACGAGACGGGGCAAAGCAGAGACGAGACCUGCCGGCAGCGCCCUCGGCCCCCGCGACAGCCGCCAGUCAGCCGCCGGCCCUGGAUCCGAGAACGAAGUCUCUUUGGAGUCAAAACUUGUCUAUGUUUCUGUCAUUUUGUCACUUUUAAUAUACUGCCCUGACUUGCUUGCUGGGAAGAGAGUAUGCAUCUGGAGAUCAAAGUUGCUCUUAACUUCAUCAUCUCAUACCUGUACAACAAGCUUCCUCGGAGGCGGGCAGACCUGUUUGGUGAGGAGCUAGAGCGCCUGCUGAAGAAGAAAUAUGAGGGUCACUGGUACCCAGAGAAACCUCUGAAGGGCUCUGGCUAUCGCUGUGUUCAUAUAGGGGAGACGGUGGAUCCCGUGGUGGAGCUGGCAGCCAAGCGGAGCGGGCUGGCUGUGGAGGAUGUGCGUGCCAAUGUGCCAGAAGAGCUGAGUGUCUGGAUUGAUCCUUUUGAGGUUUCCUACCAAAUCGGUGAGAAGGGCUCUGUUAAGGUUCUCUACCUAGAUGACAGUGAGGGCUGCAGUGCCACAGAGCUGGACAAAGAAAUCAAGAGCAGCUUCAACCCUGAUGCCCAGGUAUUUGUCCCUAUCGGGAGCCAGGACAACUCGCUGUCCAACUCUCCGUCCCCCUCCUUUGGCCAGUCACCCAGCCCCACCUUCAUCCCUCGCUCUGCGCAGCCCAUCACUUUCACCACUGCCACCUUUGCUGCCACCAAGUUCGGCUCGACCAAGAUGAAGAAGGGUGGGGGAGCCGGAGGAGGGGGCAGUGGAGCAGGGGCUGUGCAGCAGCCCAGAAUGGUCAGGUCUCCCACCACCAACCUGCUGAAGCACAAGGGCCUCUCCCUGUCGAUGCACUCUCUGAACUUCGUCGGGAGCGCUGGGAGCCAAGCCCCGCAGUCACAGCUCUCCCCCAAUGCCAAGGAGUUCGUUUACAGCGGCGCCUCGUCGGGAGCCAGCAGUCUCUUCUUCGAUGGUGUUGCCAGUGAGAGCCAGGCCAGCAGCAUCCCGCCAGCAUCGCAGUUCAACGCCAGCACAGGUGGUACCUUUGAUAUGGCUCAGGUCUUCAGUGGCAGCACCAAUAGCCUCUUUUUGGAGAAGUCUCCCUUUGUGGAAGGACUCAGCUACAACCUGAAUGCCAUGCAGUAUCCUAGCCAGUCGUUCCAGCCCGUCGUCCUGGCCAACUGAAUACAACGGAAGGAGAGUAUUUUGGGGCAGGGAGGGAGGGGGGAAACAAGAACAAAACAAACAAACAAGAGGGAGAGAAAAGAAAAAUAGAAAUAUACAGAAAAUAUUAAAACCUUACAAAUAUAGGUUCUUGGGAAAAGAGAGAGCUCAGUGUUGUUGCGCUGUGCUGGUAACGCUCCUGAAGCACUGAAUUGUUUUUUAACUCAGUACCUGUGCUUUUUUCCUACUCACUUUUUUACUCCUUAAAAUGAGUCUUGGGCUUAUUUUUGGUUUGUGUGCCCCCUUCCCCCACCCCAGCCCAGGACUGGUGCAACUGUAGGUCACAAUGCUCCUGAUUCCCUGCACCACCCCCUGCCUCACACUGGACACAGGGUCCUUCUACCUGGGUGUAGGGAUGUCAUCUUCAUACCACCGUGCUGGAGGAGGGACAAGAAGAGGAUGAGUCAGUGUUGGUGGGGACACACACAGUCUUGUUGUGUGCUAGCCAGAAUGGGUGGGUGAGCUUGCUUUUUCUGUGUAUACAGAGAACAUCGCCUGUGCCCACGGGCGCAGACCAUUGUGCUGUUGUGGCUCUAGCCCAAGCUGGCAUCAGCUGUUCUGUGUGCUGAAAAGCACUAACUCUUCUCCUUGACCGUCUCGCAGCACAUCACAGUCAGGGCAGAGCAUUACUGUGAAAUGGCUUCUUCCUGCUCCCUUAUUCGUCUGCACUUCCAGUUGUGGCUACAGGGGGACAGUGCUUAGAGCUUAGUGGCUCUGGUUAUUGGACCUUUCUGUAGCUGAGCAAGAGGGCCUUUUUUGUGCUCUCUCAGGGCUGCCCAGUCAGUCUGGAUAACAGCCCCUGUGGUGUAGAAUCACCACCUGCCUCUCUCUGUGGUUUGGAGGAGGUGGCACUGAACCAGCUGGACCCCACUUGGAUCCUUCCCCCACUUCCCAGAUGUUCUCCCCAGCAGCAGGGGCCAGCAUCCACUUGGGGUGGCCUCUGAGGUCCGAGUUCUCAUUAUCUGCUGUGAAUUCAUUGUCUUGUCUGAGAGAGGAAAUUCCUUCCUUUUUAGUUAGCGAGGCAGCGUAACUUUUUAAGAAGAUCAGGUGAUGUUGUUGAAGCUGCUGUCUUGAGUGGUAGCAUAAGGGUUUAUGCUUUCAGCCAGGUAUGCACUUGACUGAAGCCCUUCCCUUGCCUUUCUGGGGAAGCAUGAGGAGGUGGUUGAUGCAGUGAGAAAAGGCAGCACCUAUCAUAAAUUCCUCAUUCCAGCCUGAUCACAUCAGCAUGGACAGCAGCAAGCUUAGCGCAGAGCUGGGAUGGGCUCUCCAAAGGCAAGUGGUUGUCUCAGUCUCUGAAUGUAUGGUGCCUCUUCACAGCAGGGAUGGGAUAUGGGACUCUGCACCUUUCUCCAGGAUGAUGUGUGGCAGUCAGGCAAUAGUGACUGUUCAGCUUAAUCCCUUCUGUGUCGAGGACUCCAAGACCCACCUUCACAGAAAGCCAAAGGAGGACUGCUUCAUGCCCAGGAAGGAUGGAGGCUUUUUUGGUGGGAAGGGAGGUUUCCUUGAAGGCUGCUGUGUGAGCAUGGAAGUGUGCAAAGAGGAGAGAGGUGGAGAUGAUGAAACUGCAGUCUUUGAAGUUCUCAGUUGAAAUGAAAAAUAAGCUUUUGCUGCUUCCCAAACUUGAGGUUUGGUUUUCUUUUAAUGAUGCUUCUUGGGGCACAGUCUGAAAUCCACUCCUCCUGCACUUGUGGAACCAAUGUGCUCUUUCAAGAAAUCUCUGUUUCAGGUGAGAUGAGCUUGACCAUGUGCUUUUCCUGCUUCCUUCCCUGAGAUGGAGGCACUUCCAGCCCUUUUGUAGUUGUGUUGCCUCUGAACAUUUGCAGAAGGUAAUGGGCUGUCCCAGGGAGACUGUCUCUGCCCAGAGCUCUCCCAGGAGAGUUUCCAGUGUACCCUUCCCCUCGAUGGGUGAUGGGGUGCACGGUCCUGACCUUGUGCCCAGCAUGGGUUCCCAAGCAGGCUGCUUGCUAUUGAGCUAUGACCAAUGCAGCAGGUGGGUGAGGAGAGCAGAGCCCAGCCGGUUUCCCAAAGCUGGUGCCCACAACCUCAACCCUGCAGGUUUCCAGACUAGGACAAGUUGAUGAGGAGUGGCCCAGCUGUUGUGUUCCCCUUUUUUCUUUCCUUUGAACCCACUGCUUUUAAUGGAUGCUACCACUGCCAUGGAGUCCUUCUCCCCAACAGGGUGCUGCUGGGUGCCACCCCACAUGUUGCACUGGACUCUGAGGGGUGUUCAGCCUCUGAUGGCAGGACCCGGUCCAGUUGCCCCCGACUGUCCCCACAUCUGGCAAAGCCACCUGCGAGCUGCUGCUGUGAGACAGUGUGCUCUCCUCCAGCACAAGGGAGGGAGGGAAGAAGUGGGGAUGUCCCCUGUCCACUUGCUUAUGUGUGUGUGAAACUUUGAUGCUGCUUUGCCCUGCCACACGUAUUAUACCUGCUUUAAAAAUAGUGGUGUGAGUGGAAGGAGGAAAAGAAGAGGGACCAACCUCUUUCUUUGCAUCUUAAAAGGAAAAAAGUGUGCUUCAGAAAUGUUCCUCCAGCAUCAGGCAGCAAUGGAAACUAAUGGCCUUUUCAGGUCUUUUCUAGUCUUGGAUGUAGGCGUUCAGCUUCAAUUUUAUUUUUUAAAAACCUGCACUAAUUUACCUGGUUUCUUAGGAAGAGAAGAGAGAAGAUUUUUUUUUAACUUUUAUUUUUUAUGGGUUUAUGUUCUUUUUGUUGAUGUCUGUUUGUAUUGAAUAAUUUGCUACAUUUGUAAAAUGUAAGAGGUAUAUAUAAUAUAUGUAUAUUUCUAACGUAAAAAAAUGUAAUUUUUUUCUUUUCGAGAUUUUUUCUUAAAAAAGAGGAGAGAAAAAAAUAUUUUUUCAGGAAAAAACUUUAAAAAAAAAAAGAAGUGGUGAAGAUUCCUUUCUCCCCACUCAGCCUCCCUUUCCUCCUGCCCCUCUCCGAGGAGUGAAUUGACAGUUGCCUUGUGGGAGAGGAGUGAAAGAGGACAGAAGUCUGUAUGUCUCCGAGUGGAGGGUUUCUGCCUGUGCUCUGCUUGGGGUUUUUUUGGAGAAGGGGACUACUGAGAUGGGGAACCAGGGGGUUGCUGUCUUUUUCUUUUUUUUUUUCCUUCUUUCUUUUUUUUUCUUUAGCGAAGGAGGAAUACAAUCAGAGUUUUGUAUUCAGAAUGUUGUGCAAUAUUUUGGAACGGGAUAUUGGUGUGUCUAGAGAUUUAGUUAAAAACAAACAAAAAAAACCCACAAAAAGGUUGAUCAAAUCUGUACAGUUUCUAUUGUUCCAGAUUUUUUUAAGUUUGUAUUAAAAGCAUGAUAUAAUAA